UCCCCGCGCAAGCGCAGUUUGAAUCACAUGGUGGCUCGGGUCUUGAGGCUGAGUUGAGAACACAGGGGUGGACUCUGUCUUUGGGUGUCAGAACUGAGAACCAACCUGGAAGAUGUUGGGCUCCAAGAACGUGCCCUGGCGGCGGCUGCAGGGCAUUUCCUUCGGGAUGUAUUCGGCUGAAGAGCUCAAGAAAUUAAGUGUUAAAUCCAUUACGAACCCGCGGUACCUGGACAGCCUGGGGAACCCAUCAGCAAACGGCCUGUAUGAUUUAGCUUUGGGUCCUGCGGAUUCCAAAGAGGUGUGCUCCACCUGCGUGCAGGACUUCAACCACUGCUCUGGGCACCUGGGCCACAUCGAGCUCCCACUCACCGUGUACAACCCUCUCCUCUUCGAUAAACUCUACCUGCUGCUCCGAGGCUCUUGCUUGAACUGCCACAUGCUGACCUGUCCCCGGGCUGUGAUUCACCUCUUAGUGUGCCAGCUGAGGGUUCUGGCAGUUGGGGCCCUACAAGCAGUCUACGAGUUGGAGCGAAUUCUGAACAGGUUUCUGGAAGAAAAUGCUGAUCCUUCUGCUUUCGAAAUCCAGGAAGAGUUAGAACAAUACACAGCCAAAAUUGUGCAGAACAACCUGCUGGGGUCUCAGGGUGCACACGUGAAGAAUGUGUGUGAGAGCAGGAGCAACCUCAUUGCUCACUUCUGGAAGACACACAUGGCUGCCAAGCGAUGUCCCCAUUGCAAGACUGGGCGGUCAGUUGUCCGAAAGGAGCACAACAGCAAACUGACGAUCACGUAUCCAGCCAUGGUGCACAGGAAAGCUGUCCAGAAAGAGACAGAGCCUGCAGCUCCGGGAAUUGAGGAAGCACAGUUGGGAAAACGAGGGUACUUGACACCCACCAGUGCCCGAGAACAUUUGCUUGCCAUCUGGAAGAAUGAAGGAUUCUUCCUGAAUCACCUUUUUUUGGGACUGGAUGAUGUUGGCAUGGAGUCCAGAUUCAAUCCCAGCAUGUUCUUUCUAGACUUCUUGGUGGUGCCACCCUCAAGAUAUCGCCCUGUCAAUCGCCUGGGGGACCAGAUGUUUACUAAUGGCCAGACGGUGAAUUUGCAGGCUGUCAUGAAGGACAUAGUUCUGAUCCGAAAGCUUCUGGCACUGAUGGCCCAGGAACAGAAGCUGCCGCGUGAGGUUGCAGCGCUCACCACAGAUGAGGAAAAAGAUUCCUCGAUUGUCAUGGACCGAUCCUUUCUAAGUGCCCUUCCAGGCCAGUCCCUCACAGACAAGCUUUACAACAUUUGGAUUCGUCUCCAGAGCCAUGUCAAUAUCGUGUUCGACAGUGAAAUGGACAAACUGAUGAUGGAAAAGUACCCUGGCAUUAGGCAGAUCCUGGAGAAGAAGGAAGGUCUGUUCCGAAAGCACAUGAUGGGAAAGCGCGUGGACUACGCGGCCCGCUCGGUCAUCUGCCCAGACAUGUACAUCAACACCAACGAGAUUGGGAUUCCCAUGGUGUUUGCUACAAAGCUGACCUACCCUCAGCCAGUUACCCCCUGGAACGUUCAGGAACUGAGGCAGGCAGUCAUCAAUGGCCCCGGUGUGCACCCAGGAGCAGCCAUGGUCAUCAACGAGGACGGCAGCCGCACAGCCCUGAGUGCUGUGGACGUGACCCAGCGGGAAGCCGUGGCCAAGCAGCUCCUGACUCCAGCCACAGGGGCACCAAAGCCCCAGGGGACAAAGAUUGUAUGCCGGCACGUGAAGAAUGGGGACAUUCUCCUACUGAACCGACAGCCCACCCUGCACAGACCCUCCAUCCAGGCCCAUCGUGCCCGUAUCCUGCCUGAAGAGAAAGUCCUGCGGCUCCACUAUGCCAACUGCAAGGCCUAUAACGCUGACUUCGAUGGAGACGAGAUGAACGCCCACUUCCCCCAGAGUGAACUGGGCCGGGCCGAGGCCUAUGUCCUGGCCUGCACCGAUCAGCAGUACCUUGUUCCCAAAGAUGGCCAGCCAUUGGCAGGAUUGAUCCAGGACCACAUGGUUUCAGGUGCAAGCAUGACUAUUCGAGGUUGCUUUUUCACCCGGGAACAAUAUAUGGAACUGGUUUACCGAGGACUCACAGACAAAGUGGGGCGCGUGAAACUCUUUCCUCCUGCCAUCCUGAAGCCCUUUGCAUUGUGGACAGGAAAACAGGUGGUGUCAACACUGCUCAUAAACAUAAUCCCAGAGGACCACAUCCCACUGAACUUAACUGGAAAGGCGAAAAUCAGCGGGAAAGCCUGGGUGAAGGAUGCUCCUCGGCCCGUCCCCGGCUUUGACCCCAACUCCAUGUGCGAGUCUCAGGUGGUCAUCCGGAAAGGGGAGCUGCUCUGCGGGGUGCUGGACAAGGCGCACUACGGGAGCUCCGCCUACGGCCUGGUCCACUGCUGCUAUGAGAUCUACGGCGGCGAGACCAGCGGCAAGGUUCUCACCUGCCUGGCCCGCCUCUUCACCGCCUACCUGCAGCUCUACAGAGGCUUCACUUUGGGCGUGGAAGACAUUUUGGUUAAGUCAAAGGCAGAUGUCAGGAGACACAGGAUCAUCGAAGAAUCCACCCUCUGUGGGCCCCGGGCCGUCAGGGCUGCCUUAAACCUGCCAGAAGCCGCAUCAUGUGAUGAGGUCCGAGGGAAAUGGCAGGAUGCCCAUCUGGGCAAAGACCAAAGGGAUUUUAACAUGAUUGAUCUGAAGUUCAAGGAGGAAGUGAACCAUUAUAGCAAUGAGAUUAAUAAGGCAUGCAUGCCCUUUGGCCUGCACAGACAGUUCCCAGAGAACAACCUGCAGAUGAUGGUGCAGUCGGGAGCCAAAGGUUCCACCGUGAACACGAUGCAGAUCUCAUGCCUGCUUGGCCAGAUUGAACUGGAAGGUCGGAGACCCCCGCUCAUGGCAUCUGGCAAGUCACUGCCCUGCUUCGAACCCUAUGAAUUCACCCCUAGGGCUGGCGGCUUUGUCACUGGCAGAUUCCUCACCGGCAUCAACCCUCCUGAGUUCUUCUUUCACUGCAUGGCAGGGCGAGAGGGCCUGGUCGACACCGCUGUGAAAACUAGCCGCUCCGGCUACCUCCAAAGGUGCAUCAUCAAGCACCUGGAGGGGCUGGUCGUCCAGUACGACCUGACCGUCCGCGACAGCGAUGGCAGCGUGGUGCAGUUCCUGUACGGGGAAGAUGGCUUGGACAUCCCCAAGACACAGUUCCUGCAGCCCAAGCAGUUCCCCUUCCUGGCCAGCAACUACGAGGUUAUAGUAAAAUCGAAGCAUCUCCAUGAAGUCUUAUCCAGAGCAGAUCCCCAAAAAGCUCUGCACCAUUUCAGAGCCAUCAAAAAAUGGCAGAGCAGGCACCCCAGCACCCUGCUGAGAAGAGGCGCCUUCCUGAGUUACUCCCAGAAAGUCCAGGCAGCUGUGAGAGCCUUGAACCUCGAGGGCGAGAACCGGAAUGGCCGCAGCCCCGAGACUCAGCAGAUGUUGAGGAUGUGGUAUGAGUUAGAUGGGCAGAGCCAAAGGAAAUACCAGAAGAAGGCCGCUCCUUGUCCCGACCCCUGUCUGUCCACCUGCCGCCCAGACAUCUACUUAGGGUCGGUGUCAGAAACGUUUGAAAGAAAGGUUGAUGACUACAGUCAAGAGUGGGCAGCUCAAGCAGAGCAAAGUUACGAGAAAUCCGAGCUUUCUCUGGACAGGUUGAAGACCCUGCUGCAGCUGAAGUGGCAGCGCUCACUUUGUGACCCGGGCGAGGCCGUGGGCCUGCUGGCCGCCCAGAGCAUUGGGGAGCCCUCCACACAGAUGACCCUGAACACCUUCCACUUCGCAGGCCGAGGCGAGAUGAAUGUCACCCUGGGCAUUCCGAGGCUGCGGGAGAUUCUCAUGGUGGCCAGUGCCAACAUCAAGACGCCCAUGAUGAGUGUGCCCGUGCUCAACACCAGGAAAGCCCUGAGGAGGGUGAAGAGCCUGAGGAAGCAGCUCACCAGGGUGUGCUUAGGGGAGGUGUUGGAGAAGAUUGAUGUCCAGGAGUCCUUCUGUAUGGGAGAGAAACAGGACAAAUUCCGGGUGUACCAGCUGCACUUUCAGUUCCUGCCACACGCGUAUUACCAGCAGGAGAAGUGUCUGAGGCCCGAGGACAUCCUGCACUUCAUGGAAACAAGGUUCUUUAAACUUCUGAUGGAGUCCAUCAGAAAGAAGAACAGUAAAGCAUCAGCCUUCAGAAAUGUGAACACCCGAAGAGCUACCCAGCAGGAUUUGGACAACGCUGAGGAGUCAGGGAGGAUUCGGGGCGAGCAGGAAGGCGGUGAGGAAGAAGAGGGGCACAUCGUAGACGCCGAAGCUGAGGAGGGGGACGCUGAUGCUUCUGAUGCCAAACGCAAGGAGAAGCAAGAGGAGGAGGUCGAUUACGAGAGCGCAGAGGAGGAGGAGACGGUGGGCGAGGAGAAUGACGAUGAGGACGGACAGGAAGAAGGCAGCGUCCGUGGUGAAGGCGCCCACAAGGCCCCAGAGCAAGAGGAGGACAUGGGCUCAGGCCCUGAAGAGGACUCACCCCAGAAGCCCUCCCGCAUCCGGGGGCCCCAGGGAGCUGAGGCCGUGGAGCGCCGGGUCCAGGCCGUGUGCGAGGCCCACCCGUACAUAGCACACUACCAGUACGACACCGAGGAGAGCCUGUGGUGUGAGGUAACAGUGAAGCUCCCUCUAAUGAAGAUUAACUUUGACAUGACCUCCCUGGUCGUGUCCUUGGCCCACAGCACCGUCGUCUACGCGACCAAGGGCAUCACUCGGUGCCUCCUGAAUGAAACAACCAACAGUAAGAACGAGAAGGAGUUUGUGCUGAACACGGAAGGCAUCAACCUCCCGGAGCUGUUCAAGUAUGCCGAGGUGCUGGAUCUGCGCCGCCUCUAUUCCAACGACAUCCACGCGAUGGCCAACACGUACGGAAUCGAAGCCGCACUGCGGGUGAUCGAGAAGGAGAUCAAGGACGUGUUCGCCGUGUAUGGCAUUGUGGUCGAUCCUCGCCACCUCUCCCUGGUCGCUGACUAUAUGUGCUUCGAGGGUGUCUACAAGCCUCUGAAUCGCUUUGGGAUCCGGUCAAACUCGUCCCCUCUGCAGCAGAUGACGUUUGAAACCAGCUUCCAGUUUCUGAAGCAGGCCACCAUGAUGGGAUCCCAUGAUGAGCUGAGGUCCCCUUCAGCCUGCCUCGUGGUGGGGAAGGUCGUCAAGGGCGGGACAGGCCUGUUCGAGCUCAAGCAGCCCCUGCGAUAGCGACUGGCACAGCCAUCUUCCCAGCCCAGAGGACUUGGGUGAGGACGUGGCCUGGGCUGCCCCCUGCAUGAGAGGACGGGGAGACCAGAAUCCAGAGCAACUCAAAGUGACCGUGACCUUGUCCAGCUUCACCUGGACAGUGGCAGCUUUGCUCCCCACGCCAUUCCUGUUUCAGGAUUGUUAACAAGUUUCCUGAGUCCUGCACAUCCCUCCACGGGAGCCAGGGCUUCACUUGUGCUGCAGGAGGCCUCGGCCGCUGGUAACGGGGAAGACCAAGAGGAGUACUGCUUGGCAGCUGGGGCCCUGGGCAUCUCCGGGAGAGAGACGCGACGUGAGGUCCUAUUCCUGUGAGAGCCCAGGGACUGCACACAGGAUUCCCGGGGCUCCCAGCAAACAGGACCACGGAACAUCUACCUCAUGGCCCGCUCCUCCCAGCUACUCAGCCUUUGUGAGCAGAGCUCCACAGAGUCCCCACACAGUGCCUCGUCCCUGGGCCCGGCGCAGGGUGUCACAGUCCUACACAAAUCCUAGGUCACACUGAGGUGGUGGACAAGUCACUUGACUCUCCUGGCCUGCUCUGAGCUUGUUGCCCAGGCCAUGUCCCUCCUAUAGGCCCUGCUCUGUCUGGGGGCAUGCAGGCUCUCUCUGGCCCUGGCAGCAAGGUCCCCUGAUGUGGACAGAAAAGCCAGAGAGGACUUGUACAAAGGCUUUGUAAAAUCAGAGGCUGUUUCUAUUUUUGUCCAGUGUUAUUCCAACUCAGGCUGAGUAAUAAACAUCACUGGAACUAGCUGUUA